AUGUCUCGUGUUAAAAGAAUUGCCAAAGAAUUGGAAGAAUGUCGUCAGGAUGCUCAAUCAGGAGUGUCCUUGAGAUUGAAUAAUGAAACUGAUUUAACACAUUUGACUGGAUAUUUCAAGGGACCUCCAGGGACACCAUAUGAAAAGGGUACUUUCCAAGUCGAUAUUAAUAUUCCAAAUGAAUACCCAUUUAAACCACCACAAAUGAAAUUCUUGACUAAGAUUUACCAUCCAAAUAUAUCAUCAGUUACUGGAGCCAUUUGUUUGGAUAUUUUAAAGGAUGCCUGGACUCCCAUUUUAACUUUGAAAAGCUCCUUGAUUUCAUUGCAAUCGUUAUUACAAUCACCUGAACCAUCCGAUCCACAAGAUGCCGAAGUUGCCAAACACUACAUUUCCAAUAAAGCUGGUUUUGAUGAAACCGCUGCUUAUUGGACUAAAUUAUACGCCAGUGAUGGUGAGAAGGAUGGUCAAGCCGCCUUGAGUGAUUCUGCCUUGUAUGGGAUUGAUGAUGAAAUCGUCACUCAGUUUGAAAAUAUGGGUUUCCCUAGAGAUAAAACCAUUUUGGUGUUGAGAAGAAUGGGUAUUAAAAGUUUCAAUAACGUAACCAAUAAAGGUGAAACUGAAAACAAAAUCUUAGAAGAACUUUUAAAAGAGUGUCAAUAG